GAAUUUUAUGGUUAAGAAUUUUAUGUUGGUUUGAAGUUUGAAUCAUGUUUGUAUUUGUUAUUAAAAUUUCUACACCUUUGGAGUAGCAACGAAUUCAUAUAUUGAUAUUAGCCUACAAAAUACAAACAUAUUUUGUUCUAUUUUUGAAAAAUAAUUUUCUCAUAUAUACAUUAUAAUAUAAUGUAUUAUCUCCUAUUCUGUUAGAAAUAAUUAAGUAUUCCUCUUAUUUUUUUAACAUUCAGAAAUUAAAUAUGGAAGAAGAUUACGAUGAUAGGCCUUGGGAUGGUGGUGAUAGACAUGAUGAUUCUGAUGCUGGAGAUGAACCAGAAAAUCCAGAACAAGUUCUAGCAGAAUGUGCUGAGAAAUUCUCAACCCCAGAUUAUAUAAUGGAACCAGGCAUUUUUUCACAGUUAAAGCGUUAUUUUCAGUCUGGAGGAAAUCCAUUACAGGUUAUUGAAGAAUUAUCACAAAACUAUACGGCUGUGGCACAAAUGGCAAAUUUGAUAGCAGAAUGGCUUAUAAUUGGGGUUAUUCUUUUAGGUGUGAAAGUAACAGAUGUUCAAGCUAUGGUAGAAAACCACUUGAAAGAAAUGAUUUUAAAAACUUUUGACCCAAAGAAGGCUGACACUAUAUUUACAGAAGAAGGAGAAACACCUGCUUGGUUAACACAAUUAAUAGAACAUCCUACAUGGAGAUCUUUGAUUUAUAGAUUGGCAGAAGAAUAUCCAGAUUGUCUUAUGUUGAAUUUUACAAUCAAACUUAUUUCCGAUGCUGGCUUUCAAGGGGAAAUAACCAGCAUUUCUACAGCUGCUCAACAACUUGAAGUAUUUUCAAGAGUUCUUAAAACAUCCAUCACAAGUUUUCUUAGCAAUCCAGAAGAAUGGCAAAAUACUAGUAAAGAAUGUGCUAAAAUGGUGUGCCACGGGCAACAUACAUAUGUAUAUAGUCAAGUGAUUAUUCAUAUAUUGGCCCGUGAGUCAAAAGGAGGAAGUAGCAUGAAGAGAUUGUCACAAGAGAUUACUAAAUGUGCCCAAAAGAAUGGGAAUGAUGUUACUCCUAUUACAAUGGCAUUAAAUGGAGCAUCUGGUUACCCUACUGCUUGUCAAGCAUUGACGGCGAUGUUGUCUAAGAAUACGUUGAAUCCAGCAGAUAUAACAGUUUUGUACAGAAAUUAUAGCGGUCCAGAUCCACCACCUAUUGAUCUUGUCAGGACACCACAAUUUUUAGAACUCCUGAUUGAUUCUCUAUUCAAGCCAGGUGUAAAAUUGAACCCCGAUUAUAAGCCAAAGUAUAUUCACUUGCUGGCCUAUGCAUCAAGUGUGUCAGAAGUUCAACCGAAGAAAGGACAAAAGAGGAUCUCAAAUAAAGAAGAAUUGCAACCUACCAUCCGAGCUGUAGAAACUGUACAUAAUAUCUGCAACGGUAAUAAAGGAAGUUCAGAAUUGAUUGCUGAACUGUCCAUUAUUUACCAAUCAUUAAAGUUUCCUGUUGUAUCAGUAGGAAUCAUUCGGUGGGUUGAAUGUACAGUAACGGAACCCAGCUAUUUUAAACUGUCUACAGAACACACUCCGAUUCACCUUGCUUUACUAGAUGAAGUAGUGACUUUACAUCCUCUAUUGCACAAUCAAGUACUGAAUCUCCUGAUUACUUUGUUUGAGUCCAAACAAGAUGAAUUAGAAAUUUUAGUUCAGCUUGAGAUGAGAAAAAUGGUAUUGGAUAGAAUGGUAAAUCUUCUUUGUUCAGGAUGUGUCGUGCCAGUAGUGAAAUAUAUUAAACAGUGUUGGCAGCGAGGUGAUACAGAUAUUUCGUUGAUAAGAUAUUUCGUUACUGAAGUGUUAGAAACAAUUGGACCCCCAUACAGUUCGGAGUUCGUUCAUUUAUUCAUGCCUAUGGUAGAAAAUGAUGAAAUUACCGGUACUAUGAGAGGAGAUGGUGAAAAUGAUCCAGUAUCUGAGUUUAUAGUUUACUGUAAAGCAAAUUACACGACAAUUAUAUAGCAGUUGCAAGAAGAAAGACUGAAGACAAAGAAAGGAAAAUAUUUUGGUUUUGUAUUGAACCAAAUAUGAAAAUGUCUCUAAGACGGUUGUUAAGUACAGGAAUUUAUUUUAAAAUUAGUUAAUUUUAAAUAUUUUCUACUGAAAUAUGUAUUUUGUAUGUAAAAUUAUUUUCAAAAAAUAUAGAAGCAUUCGCAAAUAAGUAAA